CUCAAACUGAACACGAAAAUAGAAAACACCUCACAGAAAAACAUUUUCAUAGAUCAUUAAAUUAAAUGUAAUUUUCAUAUAAACAAGACAAAAAGUUGUAUGAUUUCAAAAUCAAUCAUAGCAAUAUGACUAUGUGGUCCGUGCUUCGAACUCCACAGGCCGCAGAAUAAUAUGAUUUGAGUCAGUGUUGUUGAGUGUUUUGUUAUCACUGUGACAAAGUGCUGUGUUUAUUUAAUUAAAAUACAUAAUUAAACGCUGAUUUUCUUGAUUAAGUAUACAAAAAUGUCGGCGUUAUUGACUGCAGAUUGGUUUCAAUUAGAUGCCUAUUACAGGAAGUUUGACCUAUACAACAUGGUGUGGUCUAUGGACGAAGGUCUAGGCAACAUGAUUGUGAGUGGAGCGCCAUAUGGUGGACCAGUCGCUGUGGUGAGGGACAAGAAGCAGUUUGUGAGGAAUCCCGCCACUGCUAAGCCAGUUAUAACCAUUUAUAACUGCGUCGGUAAUAUUAUAUCUAAGAUUCUGUGGAACAGUGGUAAUCUAGUGCAUAUGGGCUGGUCGGAUGGAGAACAGUUGCUAUGUGUGCAAGAGAGUGGUGACGUACUGUUGUAUGAUAUCUUUGGUGCCUAUCAGAAGACAUUCAGUAUGGGGCAAGAAGUUAGAGAUACAAAGGUAUGCAAGGCGCAAUUGUUCUCGAAUCCUCACGGCAUUGGCUUAGCAGUUAUGACGUCCACAAAUCGCAUGUACCUACUCAGCAACGUGUCAGAACCUAAAAUACGAUCCGUACCAGACAUACCUAGAGCCAAUGAACCAAUAAGCUCAUGGUGUGUACUGAGCUCAGGCCUCAGAUCAUCAGCUGUUAUUGGAUUCCUCGUGUGCAGAGAUAAAGAGGUCUACCGCUGCCAACUCGGUGAAUCCAGAGCUGUUCUCAUGCGGCCAGACAUAAACAACGCGUACACGCAAGUACUAUCAAUAGUACCAUCACAAAAUGGCCGCCACGUUGCCCUUUUCACCGAUUCCGGCAUUUUGUGGAUCGGUUCAUCAGAUUUCAAGAACAAAUACUGCGAAAUUGAUACAGGGUUAAUAAAACAACCCAAGGAGCUAGUUUGGUGUGGCUCCCAAGCAAUAGUAGGUCACUGGGACGAUACAAUGUGUAUCUACGGCUUCAAUGGUUCAGUGGUAAAGUAUCCAUACGACGGCCCGUUCCACCUCAUACCGGAAAUGGACUGUGUCAGGAUUAUAUCGGAAAUGUCGCAUGAGAUGCUGCAGAAAGUACCUCUAGUUGUGGAAAAGAUAUUUAGACUAACUAAUAUCGCGCCGGCUACGUAUUUAGUUGAAGCAUCUAAGGAAUUUCAGAAUCGCAGUCAUAAAGCGGACGAGCACAUCCGUUACAUAAAAACUGACUUACCGACCGCAGUACAAGACUGCAUAGACGCGGCCGCCUUUGAGUUCAACACAGAUGUUCAAAAGAUGCUCAUACGCGCCGCUCAGUUCGGUAAAGGCUUCAUUAUGGACCCGGUGUUGACUGACCAUUAUGUCACCACUUGUAGAUGGUUACGAGUGUUGAACGCUGUGAGAGACCCACGAGUCGCCAUACCUCUGACUUUCUUACAAGUUCAAAACCUAGGUGAAAGAAUCCUUCUAGACAGGCUAAUAUGGCGACGCCUGCAUUGCCUGGCGGAACAUAUCGCAUCAUAUUUGCAAUUGAAAGACGGCAGGACGAGGGUACUGUCGCAUUGGGCCUGUUACAAGGUAACACAGCCUCAUUUAGACAACGAAAGCGCCGCGCGAGAAAUAGGUGAAAAGCUAAGAAACAUUCCCGGAAUCUCAUAUUCUACAAUCGCUAUGAAAGCUGCCGAGAAGGGGAGGAAGGCGUUAGCUAUCAAAAUCUUAGAGUACGAAACGCACAGUAAGCUGCAAGUGCCACUGCUGUUGACGCUGGGCGAAGGGCCCACGGCUCUGCUGAAGGCCACGGCGAGCGGCGACACGGACCUGGUCUACAUCGUGCUGCUGCAUCUCAAGGAGAAAAUGGGCAAACACGAGUUUGAGUUAACCAUACGAAGUUUCCCACUGGCGCACGCAUUAUACAUAAAGUACUGCGCAAGUCACAAUCGCGAAGCGCUCCGCAAAGUAUACGUACAAGAAGACGAUUUCACGGGGCAAGCGGCAACUCAUAUACGCGACGCCAUAGACCAGACCAACCCGGGCAGUGUUGAGGCCUCGCUCAUAUCCGCUAGAGAGUGCUACAAGAAAGGGAAGAAUGACUUGGGCGUAUCAAUAUGCGAAGAGGCGCGUAAACUCUGCAAGCAACAAUCGAGCCUGCAAGAAACGUACGGACAGAGCUUCGUGGGUCUCUCCCUACACGACACUGUGAAGAAGUUGCUGGAGCACGGCGAGAUCAAACUCGCAGAUAAACUACGCUCAGAGUAUCGGAUGCCUGACCGAAGGUAUUGGUGGCUCCGAAUACUGACGCUAGCGGAAAGUGACGACUGGUCGGAGCUGGAAAAGCUGUCGAAAUCCAAGAAGUCCCCCGUGGGGUACGAGCCCUUUGUGGACGUUUGCUUGAAGCACGGGAAAAACGAUGAAGCCUUGAAGUACCUGCCCAAAUGUCGCGACGACAUCAAAGUCAAAUACUACGUUAAGGCUGAGUUCUACGAGCAAGCGGCCAUGGUGGCGUUCGAGCAGCGCGACGAGAGCGCGCUGGCCUUCGUGCAGAACAAGUGUCCCACGCGCGAGGCGGGACAGCACGCCAAGAUCAUGGCGCUGCUGGAGCAACUCACUAGUAGAAAAUGAGUUACGAGGCUAUUGCCACUCAGAACCUUAUCCAACAUCGUGCAAUGAUCGAACACCCCCACUCCCAUCGGACCGAUUUUCAGUUUUCACCUAUAUAUACUACUAGCGACCCGCCCCGGCUUCGCACGGGUGGACAUUUAUUUUUUCUAUUUUCCGGGAUAAAAUA